AUGUAUCGAUCGAAUAGUAAUGGAAGUCAAGUAUUACGACGUUUUGUUCAACAAGCUGAAUCAUAUAAUCGUUGUAUGUUUCCAAAAAUGAAUACUAAACAAUCAAAAGAUUCGGAUGAUUAUGUUACAGAACAGAUUCUUUUUUGUCAAAAUGGUAUUGAUAAUUUAAAUAUUUCAUCAAAAAAUAGAGAUUCAGCAUUUAAAGAAACAUCUGAUAAAAAUAUGUAUACAUCAUCAAAUGAAGUUUUAAUGGCUGAUGUUGUUUCGACUGGAUAUAAAUAUGAAACAUCAUCAUUGGAAUUAAAUGUUAUACAACAAUGUACUAUUAUUUCAAUUACUUCACCAUAUGCAUUUACAAUUCAAUUAUCAAGAGAUGCAUUAGAGUGUGAUGCAUUCUUUAAAACUAUGAAUGAUUAUUAUAAUUCAAUUGAUGAUUUACAUAUACCACAUGAAUAUUUACGUAAAAAUCUUCUUUGUGUAACAUGGGAUGAAACAGCAUUAGCAUGGAAUCGUUCUCAAAUUAUGGAAUAUGAUUUAAUUGAUGAUACUGUAAAUGUUUUUUUUGUUGAUUUAAAUUCUUGGGAAGAACAUGUUCCACGUUCACGUAUACGUUUUAUAUUAACAAAAUAUUCUACACGAUCUGUUUAUUUAUUAACAUGUCGUUUAGCAGCUAUAGGACCAUUAAAAAAUGAUAAUGAAUGGAAUGAUGUUGUUUCGAAAACUUUUCAAAAUGUUGUUCAUAAUUGUCAAUGUGAUGUUGAACCAUUGUAUAAAGGACGUGAUAAUACAUUUUAUGUCAAUUUAUUUGCAUCACAUGAUGAAGCGUAUGUUUGUAUAAAUGAUUUUUUAAUACAUUGUAAAAUGGCUCAACCUAUUGAUGAUAUUUCAAAUGAAAAACAUAUGAUUUAUAUGUUGGACGAUAACGGACAACCAAUGCAUUCAAUGAUUGCACUUUAUUGGAAAGCUGGAGAAACAAUGCGUGAAACAGAAAAUAAUAUUAAAAAAAAUAUGGAUGAUCAUCGUUCAUCAGUAUCUGUUGAAUCAUUUCAAACAAAAUAUUCAUUAUCAAAUAUAUCAUUAACAAAAGUUAUUAUGAUUAAUAAAUAUGAUACAAUAGUUUUUGCGAGAUAUAAUACUUAUAUAAUGUUACCAUGUUUUACUAUUUCACAUCUAUUAAAUGGACUUAAUGAAGAAAAAAUUAAAAAUAUUGCAAAUAAAAUUGGUUUUAAACCGAUUAUUAUUGAUUGUGUAUCACAACCAUUACUCUAUUCUGAAUUACUUAAAUUAAAAUCAAUAUCUACAAUAUCAAAUCAAAUUAGUUUAUAUUCAAUUGAUUGUGUUAGAAAAAUAUUCCAUAUAUAUCAAUAUGCACAAAAAGAUAUUUACAAUUUAUUAGAUCGAGCACGAUUAGCUGAAGCAAGUGAUGAUAUUGGUUUUUGGGAAAAAUCUUAUGAGAUUUUACAAUUAAAUGAAUCUACAACAUUAGAUAAUAAAGAUACAUAUGCUUCCAAUUCUCAUUAUUCUAAACAUGAUGGUCAAUACGAUUUUAAUACUUAG